CGUAUCAGUGCGCAGCAGCAACGGUCACAAACACAAACACCCGUGACGUGACGUGACGUGAACAUGUCUACCGUGUCCGGAAAUGCUUUGGCUUUUUGUCCAGCGAGGAUAAUUUACCCUAUUUAUUGAAGCUGUCAGCUCAGUUUUAACAUUAUUAAUGUCCUACCUCUUACUAAGCAACUGCAUGUGUUCAUAAGACGUACACAGCACGCGCAGCACGAGUCGCAUCUAAUAACUUUGGAUACAAUCUUAGCUAGCAUAACAGAUGGCUAGCUAGCAAGCUAAUAGACUAAGAAUCGACCAGCUGAAUGUUUACAGUUAAUUUAACAAACUAACUGUUACGUUUUAACGAAAGAAUGAUUAAAAGCUAACGGAAGAAUGGCUAUACUCUUUACCAGUAAAUUGGCUGCGUUUUAAUGUCACUUUUCAGGUAAUUUAGGGUAUUGGGGAUUUAAAUACUUCAACUGGACUUUAACUGGAGCUUUAAGAUGGAAGAUAAAUACAGCAGCAAUGUACUCUCAGGGGGGAAACUGGGCAUGGUCGAGGUUCCCAAUUCUAGGUUAACCAGAUAUAUAGUUUUACUGAUCGUCACGAAGGUCCUCAAGGCUCUUGGGAUAUUUGAAUCUUAUGAUAUCCUCAAAGUUGUCCACAUUGUCCAGUUCAUCUUUAUACUAAAAUUAGGGAGUGCUGUUAUCCUGCUUUUCUUUCAAAAGCCCUUCUCCUCUGGCAAAGUCGUCUCAAAAAGACAAUGGAUAAAGUUAAUGAAGCAUGCCGUUUUCAGCUGCAUCAUUUCCCUCCUGGGCUUUUUCGGGCUAACUCUCUGUGGACCUCUGAGGACGUUGUUGCUUUUUGAGCACAGCGAUGUGGUUGUCAUUGCUCUUCUCGGUGUUUUGUUCACAGGCACAGGAGGGGGGCCAUCCAAGACCAGAGGCGCUGCCCUCUUCAUCAUCGCCGUGAUCUGCCUCCUCCUCUUUGACAACGACGAUCUCAUGGCAAAGAUGGCCGAGCACCCUGAGGGUCACCAUGACAGCGCGCUGACUCAUUUCCUCUACACCGCCAUUGCCUUUUUAGGGGUUGCAGAUCACAAAGGUGGAGUUGUUCUGCUGGUGGCCUCCCUGUGUCUGAAGGUGGCGUUUCACACGGCCUCCAGGAAACUGUCGGUGGAAAUCGGUGGAGCCAAACGCCUCUACGCUCUGGAUAACCUGGUUUCUGCUGUGGUGCUGCUGCCCUGGGUCAUCGUGCUCUCAGCGACUACAGAAGUGAGUCAACAGAACAUGAGAAAUCUGAACAUGCACCAAA